AUGUAUCCUCCCCUGGUUUGCUUCUUGUUCGCCAUCUUCUUUGUGUCUGUCAGCACCACCAAGCUUCUGAGCCUCUCUCUCAACGCACAUGUAUUCCCGACCGGCGUCUUCGUCUUUUGCCUGCCGACAUUCAUCGUCCCCGACAUUGUAUUGAUUACUUUGAUUUGGAUCCUGCUGCGUCGAAGAAAUGGGCUGUUUGCCUUGCUUGGUUUUUGCCUGGCCUGCUUGAUCUGCUUUGCGCCUGCUUCCGCGUUGCGGUAUGCUAACGGGUGCCCGCCUUUGCGCAUCGUCUGCAGCCUCGUUACUCUUGGCGCCGCCUCGUCUCAGCUGGGCUUCUUUUACCAAACCGGCGGCGAGAUUGAUUGGGGAGAUGCGACGACGUUUGCCUUUAGCGAGGAAGGCCGAAAGGUCCUGCUGAGCGAGGGCAAGACGCCGCUCGCAUUCACCUGCGUCAUCCUUGUAGUCUCGUGGCUUGUCAAGUUCCGACUGUGCAAAUUCGUGAGCUCAGCCCUGGCUGCAGUCGAGAUUUAUGCACAAUCAGUCAUUCGAUGGACUGCAUCCAAAGUUGGACUCUGCAAGCUCGCAAAGGCAGACAACGAGUCCUCUCUCCUACCCACUCAAGAAUACGAAUUCGACUCGGAUUCUGAAUCCAGCUGCGAUGGCCCGCCCGACACCACACGCCGACGUCUUGGCAAGACGGGUUCCGCGACCACGCGUGCCAUGCACUGCCCAGGCUUCAUUCCCUGGAGCUACGGAAUUAUGGCCUUGUCGGGAUUUCUGGCCAUUUUGAUCCUCUUCGACCCCGAACGACCGUACGGCCGCAUGUUUACCACCCUGCCUCUGCCGCUCCUGGCCGUUUUCGCUCCCAAGUCGAUCGAGUGUACAUCGAGCUCGUGGCCACUGCCCGAUCUUAUUGAUAGCUCAAAUUGGGAGUCUCCUCGAGGCAACUUUAGGGGGUGGGCGCCAGGCGCGGCGAAUGAAAUCAUACAACAGUACCGAGAUAGAAAACCCGACUGGCUGCCGUCCGAGCUACCCCAGGGUUUCGGUCGCUGGAGCGUCGAGGCCAGAACCGGCGACGUCAAUGAGCUUCUCAAGAAUGCGACGGGCCACCGCGACAGCAAGUGUCCCGAUCCGCUCGUAUUGGACCCGUAUUACAAUCCCGCCAACGAUCCCAUGAAGAUUAGCAACCUGGAGAACCCCGUUUUGAAGCCGUUGGAGGGCAUGCUGCAGGGCGGUUCAGUCAAGAUUAAGCACAUUGCCGUUAUUUUGAUGGAGAGCAUGCGGGAGGAACUGUUUCCCCUGCAGCAGGGCUCCGGCUUCCACGACCUCAUCAUGAAGUCGCACGACGAGCUCGAUCACGACGACAUCAACGAGCUGCUGUCACACAUCUCCCCCAAUACUGAACGCAUCACUGGCAGGUCCGGCAACUGGAGGAGCAAAAACGGCACUGCGUUUGGUCGCAAAUAUUCGGAGUGGAACGACAAGACAGAGGACGGCUUUGGCGGCCUUCACGUCGUUGGCGGCCUCACCACCAGCAGUGUGUCGACCAAGAGUUUGGCCGCCGUCCACUGCGGAGCUUGGCCCAUACCCGUCGACAUGUUUGAGGAGGCAGAGACGGAAUGCUACCAGCCGUGCCUCCCCGAAAUACUCGAGCUCUUCAACCGGCUCAAGAAAAACACGACUACUUCGGACAACUACCAUGAGCAGCAGUGGUACCCGGCCUUCUUCCAGGCCGUCACCGACGGUUACGAUCGGCAGGACAAGUUCGACUCCAAGAUUGGCUUCAAGCACAUUGUCAACAAGAACCGCAUCAAGCAGGACAGCGAGAGCAACCCCGAGCUGGAAGAGAUCAAUUAUUUCGGAUUCCCGGAAACGGCGCUCAAAACGUACGUGACCGACUACAUCACCAAUGCGACCGCAAAUAACCAGCGCAUGUUCUUGUCGCACUUUACCAGCACCACGCACCAUCCCUGGGCGGUGCCCAAGUGGUUCAACUCGAGCGAGUACAUGGGUUCCGCGCACGGUCUGAUGCAGACGCACAAAGACCUCAACAGCUACCUAAACACGAUCCGUUUCAACGACGCGUGGAUUGGCCAGCUCAUGCAGAUCUUUGACGAUCAGGGCAUCUCUGACGAGACCCUUGUUAUUUUCGUGGGAGAUCACGGCCAGGCUUUCAAGGAGGACUUUGGCAAGACGGGCACGUACGAGAACAGCCACAUUAGCAAUUUCCGCGUACCAAUCACCUUUAGACACCCCAAACUACCCCGAGUCGAGCACCGAGUCAACGCCACGUCCCUCAGCAUCUUGCCCACCAUCCUCGACCUCCUUGUCAACACUGGCUCUCUGAACAAAAGGGACGCAGCCGCCGCCGCAGACUUGGUGCAAGAUUACGAAGGCCAAUCCUUGAUCCGCCCCUUUGAGACGACGCGCAAGGGGCGGCGGGCCUGGAAUUACGGUCUCGUCAACCCCGGCGGUAGAAUGCUCACAAUCACGUCUUCAGACACACCUUGGAGGCUGGUCCUUCCCUUGGAUAAGAAGACAGAAUAUGUGUUCUCGGACCUCGGCCGGGACCCGAUGGAGCGGAAUCGUGUUUUGGAGUGGUCCAUCAACAGCCUAGCAUCAACGGUCAGAGGGAAAUAUGGUGAUGGCGCUGCUGAUUGGCUGAUUGAAGCAGACAAAGUUGGUCUGUGGUGGGCUGCGGAGCGAAAACGACUUUGGAAUUACAACCCUUCAUCAUAG